AUGAUCUCUGUCCCUGAAGAAAACCAAUUCAUCAAGCAGUUUGUAGAUAGUUUGUCUUCACGUGGAGUGCGCUAUGGCAAAGAUUAUAUGCCACGUUCGUUGCAUACCACUCCCAAAAUCACAGUAAGUUCUCUCAACACUCGGACGACUUCGUCAAAGACCGACGUAUCCAACGAUAAACUGGAGUUGGCCGUGAAAGUGCUGAAACCGGCUUCGCAAUUUACUAUUGGUAAUAUUUCGGCCGACGAUACCGUGUUGGUGUUGAAAAAGAGAAUCUAUCAGCAACAGAGCGCUUUCCCCGUCAAUCGACAGCGACUCUUAUUGAAAGGCAAGGUGCUAUCCGACCAAAAAGCAUUGUCUGAUUACGGGAUUGCCAGUGGUGCCGUGAUUCAUCUGAUGGCCACAGCGGCACCAAAAUCGACUGCAAAAGUGGAGGAAGAAGUAAAGACCGUGGGCCGUUUUGGUCUGUCUCUCGAAGGCGAGAAGACGAUCGACAGUGCGGAGUUCUGGGACGCGAUUCACCGGACAAUCAAGGAGAAGAUGCACGAAGACGAUGCACAGAUUGUUAUGAAUAAAUUAAAGCAUGCGUUAUAA